AUGGAAGACAACUAUGGCAAGUACCAAUUUUUUCUUUCUUAUUUUUGUGCUGAUAACCAUUCCGCAGUUUUGACUCUGUGUGGUAGACUGUUUCAAAUAUUCAGCUGUGAAGCUCACUAGAGGAGAAAAUGAGGCAAUAAAACAUUGUGAUCCAUACAAAACUCUGCCGUUGGAUAAAUGAUUUAUACUUAAGCACAGCAUACAUUUACUUAGCAAUAUACAAUAUGUUAUGAGCGUGUUUUAUUACUAGAUUUGGUAGUUAGUUAUUUCUCAGUGCAGCAGGGGAGAUUCAGCACUGGGUGCCACGGGGGCUGGAGGGGAGCACUUCGACCACCGGUGAGAUUUAGUUCAUAGAGCAUAUUGCUGGUAAUAAUGAUAUAGAAGGAAAGGAAAGCAGUUUACACCUGAUGACUAACAGACCAACUCCAGACCUACUAAGAGGCUUCUCCACCCCUUCUGGUUUUGACAAAUGUAAGACUAUUGCCAAACUCCAUGUGGGUUUCUUUCAUAACUGUGAAGACCAGAAAUAGGAUUUUCAUGUUUUCUGAAGUAAAAGCACAGAGGAACCUGCAAAAUCUGUAAUAUGAUGCUCUGUAGCAAAGUCUUAAUACAAAGGCACUCAAACCAAGACCCACUUGUCUUAUGAGACCAUUGGGGAAAAUGUAGCCAUACCUCUUCAAUUUCCUUGAAGAAUUCUUUUAAUUGGACUGCCUAAUUGAGUAGCUUCAGGGAUUCAGUUCCUUGGAACUUGCGCUUUAUUUCAUAAAUGUGCUCAUUAACGUCUGCAGCAGUCUUGCACCACUGACUACAUUUUCUUUGUUUAGUACCCUAAUCACCUAAAUCUUACAAGUGGGUGUAUUUAGCCACUAAACCUGAAGUAAUUCUGCGGUUAUGGAAUACUGAGAACCAAUAGCUUUCCUCAAUUAUCUGAUUAAUUUCAAUAUAUUAGUGUGUACCCACUUUUUAACUGUGAUACAUCUUUUAGACCACAAAGCAUGCUUCCAUCUUUGUUUUUUUUCUAGUUGAUCCUUCAGAUCCUGAUAAACUAAUGCAGUGUCCAUAUGACAAGAAUCAUAAAAUCAGGGCAUGUAGGUUCCCCUACCACCUUGUCAAGUGUCGUAAGGUAGGAAAUGUAGAUUGUAUUAUUGACUGUGUGGAGCCUGUAUCUUGUGGCUUUAUAGUUGACUUAAGAACAUAAGAGCUUGCUGAAUCAGGCCAAUAGCCAAUCUAGCUGGAGGGUGUCUGGGAGGGACACAGCUGCUCUGGCAACAAACCCCACACUGCUUUUUCAGGCAGUACUGGGCCUGCGCAUGCCAGCCGCGUUCCUCUCAGAUGCCCUCGGGACACAGUUGCUCUGGCGUGCACCCCGCCCCACAGUGUGCCCCGCACCCUAGCGCGCACACGCACACACACCCCAGGUGCCAGCAGGGCUUGCUACACCCCUGGAAAGAGGCAGCCCACCCCACUUGCUCAGAUGAAGGCAGACGUGCAGGCAAGCAGAAGAAAGAGCACUUUCUCAGGCUCCCUCUGCCAGGGCCAGGGCUGGGCUGUGGAGGGAGUGGGCAGGAGCUCCUUCGCCCGAGCAAGUGGGCAGCCACCUUCCCUUCUUCCUGGUCCCUCCCUCCCUCCCUCCACAGCUCAGCCACCUUUUCAACCUUUUUCAGGGUUAUUUCAGACAUCAUGAUGCAUCACUGUAGAGUGGUACAUCAGGUUAAGUACUUAAUUCAUUCUGGAGGUCCGUUCUUAACCUGAAACUGUUCUUAACCUGAAGCACCACUUUAGCUAAUGGGGCCUCCUGCUGCUGCCGUGCCGCCGGAGCACGAUUUCUGUUCUCAUCCUGAAGCAUAGUUCUUAACCUGAAGCACUAUUUCUGCGUUAGCAGAGUCUGUAACCUGAAGUGUAUGUAACCUAAAGCGUAUGUAACCUGAGGUACCACUGUAUUUCAAUGGUUAGCUGGUGAUACGCCAUAUUUACUCAAAUCUACUUCUCACCUUUUUUGGCCAAAUUACAUUGCAAAAAUUAAGGUGUGCAUUAGAUUCAAUGGCACAUUAGACUCAAGUAAAUAUGGUUUUACAACAUUGGAAAACCAGAUAUCAUCCAGCCCUACUUGGGGCACUUCUACUUUCCACAUUCCUCUUUUGGAAGAAAUGUCCAUUUAAUCCUCCUCUCUGCUUCCUGUUAUCUAACCAGUUUCUGAUUGAGCUAAGCGGACUCAUGAGUCUUUGAAAGCUUUGUUGAAAAGCUUUUUGGAAGUCCAAGUAUACUGUGUCAGCUGGAUCACCUCUGUCUAUACGCUUGUUGAUGCUUGGGAUGUGUCAGUGCUGUUACUCUUUGCAGUUUGUGUGAGAUGAAUUUUAUCAACUAAAGGACAUUUUAAAAAAAGACAGUGUGGAGAUAAACUGAAACCACCCUCCAAUUAAGUGCACACCAGCCAUCUGACCUGAUGCUCAUUUUUUCAAUUUAUCUCUACAUAAUGGGUAGAGAAAUGUUAGCCCUACAAUACUUGGUACUAGGAUAUAAAAACCUUCCAAUUGCAAGGUGGACUCUCCAUCCUUGGAGGAUUUUAAGCAGAGGUUGUAUGGCCAACUGUCAUAAAUGCUUUAAUCAAGAUUCCUGCAUUGCAGGGGUUUUGGACUAGAUGAUCUUCAGGGUCUGUUCCAACUAUACAGUUCUGUGAUUCUGUGAAGGACGUUUUGGUCAGGCCCAGUGGAAAGGUAGAUAUUUCUCAGACAUAAAGGCCUGGUUUGUGCAUAAUACAAAGCAGUGUUUUCUUUGAAUGUCCAAAUCCAGCCCAGCAAUCUAAUCAUGAGAGUGCUUGCAUAUCUAAGCAACUCUUCCUGACUCUUUUUCUGAAAAAGCCCUUGUUUCUAAUUUUGCCUGAAAGCAGGCUCUUCUCCCACCCCAUUCCUCCAGGGGAAGCCCUUGCUUACAAGCUAGACAAAGCCACCUGCUUUGUGAAGAGAAAAACUGCAAUGGACCAUGCUGCUGUCUUUAAGUAACAUAUACAAUGGUACCUCGGGUUACAUACGCUUUGGGUUACAUACGCUUCAGGUUACAGACUCCACUAACCCAGAAAUAGUGCUUCAGGUUAAGAACUUCGCUUCAGGAUAAGAACAGAAAUUGGGCUCCGGCGGCGCGGUGGCAGCAGGAGGCCCCAUUAGCUAAAGUGGUGCUUGAGGUUGUUAACAGUUUCAGGUUAAGUACAGACCGGUAUGAAUUAAGUACUUAACCUGAGGUACCACUGUAUGCUGUUAGUUAAGGCAUUGGUGAACUGAUACCCAGCUAGCCUGAUUGUUUAAUCUCUUUACAAUAAAAUAAUUAACACUUCGUGGAAACAAAAACACCACUGACCUUUCACAGCAUGCAUACACAAAUCAAGACUUCGAGGUGCUGGGACAGAACUCCUGUUUUCCUAGUCGAUUUGCAUGUUUGUGAGCCUGUUGGUGUGUUGUGUACUUGUUCUACAGCUAAUAACUUUUGCCAUGCACAUAAUCAGGGUUGUCUGAAAUAUACGUACUAUAUAUAGUUUGAUAGUUCUGUAUUGCAUAGCUUUAAAAUAAGAUAGCCAUGUCUUUGUUUUCUAGAACCAUCCUGAUAAAGUGCAGCAACUGGUCACAUGCCCAUUUAAUGCCCGUCAUCAGGUCCCCAGAGAAGAGAUCAGUCAACACAUAUCAAGCUGUGAUGACAAAAGGUGCAUUGAGCAAGACAUUGGUAAGAAAUUUUUCAGUAUGAAUUAAUGGCUGGCAGCUGCCUCUUACCUUGACUUUUAACAUUUCAAAGGGAUUGCUCUCAGUCUACUAUAAUUCCUUUUUGAAUCUAUAACACAUGUUUGUGGUGCCUGUUUGAUUGUGAUUUGAAGUAGUAUGGGUCGAAGAAUAUUUUUUUCUUCCUGAGUGUGCAAGUUUUUCCAGCACUUGGCUUCAUCAGGCUAGUGACUUUUAUUGUUGAAUAUUGUAUCAAAAAUUACUCACAUUAAGAUGAAACCUACUUGGCAUUUGAGUUAAUACAAGACAAGAAGGGCCAGGGUCAUAAAAAUUGUGGGUAACUCACGCCUCCUGCUCACUAGAUGUUUGAGGUCUCUUCUCCAGCAGGUAAGUUUGGCUAUGCAAAGAUGGACAAGAUAUAGAAUAACCAAUACAGCUUGGACAGGUUUAAACACAAAGAUGGGUUCAAACCCCUAAUCACAGCCAUGAAGAAAACUUGUCCUUACAGGGCCAGCACAGGCAUAAUUCUGGCCGACCUCUUGUUAGACUCCUGCCGCCCACCACAGCUUUGGUGCUCAGUUUACAAAAAUGUUACCUGUGCUUGGUCAUUAAAGAAUUGGGCAGAUUAAGAUGAGGGCGUUAGGAAAUUACCAGUAGGUCCAUUUUUCUGUCACACCCGUAGCCAAGGAAGGGCUGUGCUGUUCUAGAAAAGGCAGGCUUGGUGCCCAGCGCUGCGUUAAGCACUUCAUACAAUGCUUUUUCUCACAAAUAAACUUCUUUCAUUUAGCAAUCCAUGGGGAUAGCCGCAGAAGAGAGGUUAGUGUGGUAAGCUCCUGGCAAUCUCCUCCAUGCGAAGAAGACUGGGACAGAGGUGAGACUCUGUGUUUCUGAUACUUUGCUAGAAUAUCUGCAAGACCAAGGGCCUGUCCCCUCCUGAAACUGUAAUGAUCUUAGUAAGAAGGAAUGCUUUUUUCAAACACCUGUUCUGCCCGAGCCAUUAUUUUCCAUCACCUGUGCUGGGAAGAAAAUGAUAUGUUGUACAACUUGAGGUAAAUUACUUUAUUAAAUGGCUGUGUUUGCUCAGGCAGCACUGCAUCAGUUGUAUUCUCCUUAGUAAAGUCUGGUGUUUAUUCCAUGCUUCUCAUAUGUGGCUUCAGUAAUAUUUUUGUUUUGCUUGACAGACGUAGCAGGCCAAUCGAACUCUGUCUUCAUUUGGGGCACAAGCCACCAUGGUGAGGCAAGCAGGUAAAGUUGGGUUAUCCGACACUGCGAAGAUGAAGGUCAUCUUCAUCUUUUCCUUCCUUUGCACUUGUUUGUUGUGGACAGAGAAGUAAUUCUUUUUUAAAAAUUAUUUGGGGAGUUAUGAACAAUGCAAGCUUUUGCUUACACUUGUGGGAGAUAUGCCUCCUUCAGAUCUUUGCAUAGGUCUAACACAUGAGGGAGAGUUUUGAUGAGUGUUGUGUCUCUUUUUCUAUAUUGAGAAUGGCAGUGUGCAGUACAACCUAACAGUAAGUUGCACUCCUCUUGCUCUGUGCUGGAUGGCUUCUCUCCUUUUUUGGAGGCACAAAUGAUAGUGAUUUCUUUCACCACUCAGGAAGGACAAGCUUGUCUUUCCUCCAUUGUGUGGGUUGGCAGAAUGACAGCUCUCAUGAUACUGAGGCUUGUUUCGUGUAAGCUUUUAUUGCUGUCUGCCCCUGCCCCCCAAACACUCACACACAGUUCAAACUUCCCCAACCUGGGUCAGAUGGGAGUUGUAGUCCAAAGUUUCUGCGGGGUGCCAGGAAUACUGGAUUGGGGAAUACUGGAUUACAGUGGUACCUCUGGUUACGUACUUAAUUCGUUCCAGAGGUCCGUUCUUAACCUGAAACUGUUCUUAACCUGAAGCACCACUUUAGCUAAUGGGGCCUCGCGCCGCCGCCGCACUAUUUCUGUUCUCAUCCUGAAGCAAAGUUCUUAACCCGAGGUACUAUUUCUCGGUUAGUGGAGUCUGUAACCUGAAGCGUAUGUAACCUGAAGCAUUUGUAACCCGAAGCACCACUGUAUAGCUAACUGGAUUACUGUGGAAGCUUCUGGACGUCCUGCACACUCACAAGCAGCAAAUCCUCACCCUCCAAUCCAAUUAGUGUUACAAUAGCUGCCUUCCAAUCACACAGUUGGUGCUCAGAGGGCAAUGCAGUAGUCCAAGCGGGAGGGCAUUGGAACAUGGACUGCUGAGGCCAUGCUAUAUUCACCCAGGAACAGCCACAGCUAGUGAACUAAUCUAAGCUUGGACAUAAGCACUCCUAGCCAAAGCAGCUACUUGAGACAGAUUGGAAUCCAGGGUGGGAUUCAGCUAACAAGCCCCACUAGGGAUGAUCUGCCCCCCUCUACAGCUUUGAGCUGGGGACUGGUCCUUGUUUUUGGUGCUCCACUCCAAUCACCACAGAAACACAGCACAAUUGCUGGAACAACACCCCUAAUUUGGACCCAUGAGAGUAUAGUCUCUGAGACAAGACUCUGCACCUUUUGAGAGAGCAGUCCUAACAACAACCAGAAGUCUUGGUUGAUAACCACUGUCAGACAAUUUUUUGAUCCCUGGGAAAACUUUCUACUGUUUCCUAGCAAUGAGCCUUGGGGGAUGCUCCUCCUUGGCAUGAGAACUGCAUUAUGUUGUAGAUCCAGUACCUUAUAGGGGCAUUACUCUCCAUCUUCUGAGUCUGACAGUCCCUAGUCAUAACGGACUGUGGUAGGUAGGCGGUUCCAUGCAUCUCCUUCUCCCUAGCAUUGUUUCAGUUGCAGUGCUAAAAGACCUACUGCCAGGCAGCUGUAUAAAAAAAAACCCUGGCAACAUGUUUAGUUUGUCAUGACCCAUCACAAAUAAUCCUUUUAGCAACUGGGAAUCUGUAGACUAUUAGUGCUCAGAGUUGGAAAUAAUAUUGUCACCUGCAAAGUAUAAUCACAAUUUAAAGGUGGAAAACCAGGAGUAAUGUCUGGUCUGUCUCAGCCUUAUAAAUUGGCUGCUUCCAUUGUAUUAACUAUGGAUAAGCAGCAAGUAGUUUUUAUCUUUGUCCCUUUUAAGCACAUAACAAACACUCAGCAUGAAUGUGUUUCAAGACUAACUAACAAGUUGCUUUUCACUGUUUUAAACCUUGUUAUUUCAGUGACCAGAGCUUUUACUUUGUUUACUGCACAUUAUCUUAGCCUGAAGAGUGAAAAGAGCAUUUAUAAUCUGCCCUUCACCACCCAAAGGCCCCAGGGCAAAAAAUGCAUACACUUUAAAUUAACAUGAAGCUAAAACGAAAUGCAGCAACAAUAUAAUUAACACAAAAAAUCACAGAACAAUAAAACUACAAAGCAGCAGUUAAAUCAAAGCACUCUCAGUGCACCUCAUCCCUGUCUAGUCCAAAGUGAUCUGUGCUUCUUCACCUGACUGUAAAAUGUGUUGGGGUGAGAUGGACCUCAGAGGGGAGGUCAUUCCAGAGAAGUGGAGCUGCCACAGAGAAAGCUCUCCCAUGGGCCCCCACACCACGAACCUCAUUGGGCAUGGAGAAACCAAAAAGGUUGAUGUGAAAGGAGGCAUUCUUUCAGAUGUCUGGAAUUAAAUCUUUCAGAGCCUUCAUUCUCAUCAUAGGCACCUUAAAUCAGGCCCAGAGGACAGUUGGCACCCAAAGAAGUUGCUUCAAAUAGGUAUCAUAUGCAGACCAUCAGCCACACCCAUUAACACCCUGUCUGCUGCAUUUUGCACCACUUGCAACCUCAAGACUGUUUUCAAGGCCAGUGCCAUGUAGAGUGAAAUGUGGUAGUCCAGCCUGGAAUUUCUCAGGGCAUGGAUAACUAGCUGAGCUAUAGCUGUUCAAGGAAGGCCUUAGCUGGCAAACCAACCAAAGCUCAAGCUGCCUAAGCUUCCAGUGACAUAGGUGGCUUCAGGACAAGUCCCAAGCUACAAAUCUGUUGUUUCAAGGGAAGUGCAAUGCUGUCUAGAGCAGGACAUCUCCCCAAAUCAUGGACCAAGGAACUCCCCGUCCACAGUGCCUUCCAUUUUUUAGUCUGAGUUUCUUAGCCUGCACCCAGCCCAUCAUAUUUAUCAUAAUUAUUUUUUACUUCUUCCUUUCCCUUCACCAGGACGGCUUAAAUGAAUAAAAAAAUAAAAAGUUAAAAAACAGAUUACAAGUAUAUAUUUCAGGUGUCAAAGACCAGGGUUUUAUUUACAGGUAGGUAGCCAUGUUGGUCUGCCAUUGUCAAAACAAAAUAAAAAAAUUCCCUCCAGUAGCACCUUAGAGACCAACUAAGUUUGUUAUUGGUAUGAGCUGUGCAUGCACAUGAAAGCUCAUACCAAUAACAAACUUAGUUCUCCAAGGUGCUACUGGAAGUAAUUUUUUUUACAGGGUUUUAUUUGUUACCCUUCUGUUUAACACUAUUGAGAUAUCGGAGAGCUGUUGCAGUGAAAUUAUUAGGUGUGAUCUAUUAUCUGGAAGCUCCCAAUGGACUUCUCUGCUAUGUAUUUAUUGAGUGACCUUCAACAAGCCACUCUCUCAGCCUCUCAGUACCUACGGGACCGCCUCUCCUGGUAUGUCCCACAGAGAAACUUACGGUCUUCAAAUAAAAACAUCUUGAAGGUCCCAGGCCACAGAGAGGUUAGGCUGGCCUCAACUAAAGCCAGGGCUUUUUCGGCUGUGGCUCCGAUCUGGCGGAACACUCUGUCACAAGAGACUAGGGCCCUGCGGGACUUGACAUCUUUCCGCAGGGCCUGCAAGACAGAGCUGUUCCACCAGGCCUUUGGCCAGGGCACAGCCUGACUCCCUCCCUCGGCAAUCUUCGCGGAGCUCUGGCCCAAUGGUUGCCAGUGGCUUGAUUUGAAUUAAUUUUAUAAUGAAUGAUUUUAGAGUGUUGUUUGUGCUGUACUUUUGUACUGUUUUAUUGUUGUUAGCCGCCCUGAGCCCAGCUUCGGCUGGGGAGGGCGGGAUAUAAAUAAAAUUUAUUAAUUUAUUAUUAUUAUUAAUUCUCCAUCUCUAAUAUGGGAAUGAUACUGCCCAAAGGGUUACUGUAUGUGUGUAGUAGAUGGCACUGGCAAAUCUGGUUUUUUUCAAAUACAUAUUUUAGAGUAGGUGCUGCAGGAGUGGCCUGUAUGCUAGAAUUCAUGGUAGUGCUUGUGGUUUGGUUUGGUUUGCUUUGCUUUGCUUCUUAAUGGAUUAUGUUUCUUAAUUACUUCACAUGUGUGAAAUAAAAAGGAACACAUUCAUUUUUCAUUCCUUCCCCUCCCCUGCCCCACAGUUCUGGAUCAAGCCCAGCCGUGGGACUUAAGAACCAGCUAGCUUCAGGACUACGAGCUCCAAGGUCCCUGCCACAUGUACUACCAUGGAAGAACAGUAAGUGAUGCUGGAAAUGUAUCCAUAGUCUACAUUGGACCAUGAGGUCCCCUGCCACUUUAGUGUGGCCCCUUGACUCUUGCUAGGUGGGUGGAGCCAGAGCAAUAGAUGCUUGUCUGCAUGGAAGCAUGAGGCAUCAUCACAGCUCAGUAUCACGUUCCAGCCUGGCAAAAUCACUCCAGGUGCAAAGCAGGGUCAAUGAAGGGAAGAAUUCUGAGGGCCAGAGUGGUCUGGAGGGUUACAUUUUAGUCUGAGGUUUCCCACCCUGGCUUAGUGUUAAAUCUAAAAUCAGGCUUAUCUCCCCCAGUCAAGCAGCAAGUGAUAAGUCAUAGAAGAAACAGAACGCAGGCUUGUGAGUUUUGGGUAAGACAAACCAUGAGGCCAGGUUCACACAUAGCUAAAACAGCACCAUGGCUUGGCCCUUGUUAGUUCAGCUGCAUUUUGCCCAUUGAUUGUAUAUAUGAAUGGGAAUGUUGAAUGAAGAGUUUUAGUUUUGGUAGUCUAACUGGACGAGAGAGGGCACUGUUUGCCUCUGCCUCCUGACAAGCAGCUGCCUUGAAAUACAAGUUUAGGAGUGCUUUGGAAGAAGCCUGUCUGGGAGCAUAAAUAGUAUCUGGUAUUUAAGUGAGCCCAAAACAGUUGUGGGGGUUUUCAGUAUCCCCUCCUGCUAAAUUCAGUGGCAGCUUUGUGGUGAACAGCUGCAUUAGGUUUACAAAGUCUCCUCCUCUUCAGAUCUCAUGUGCAGUAACAACCAGGAAUGUGUUUGCAUGGAAUUAUUUUUGUCCCCCUUCCCGGGUGAAGUGGCUGAGCAGCUCAGCAUUCCUCUCCCCCACUCCUUGUCCUAUCCCUGUGGUGACAAAAUUGUGGAUAAAAGGAGAAGUGUGAAGGUCUUUCCAUUCUUCUGUUUCCGGACUUCAGCUUCUUCCCAUGGAAUACUGUAUUUUUCGCUCUAUAAGACCCACCAGACCAUAAGACGCACCUAGUUUUUGGAGGAGGAAAACAAGAAAAAAAAUAUUCUGAAUCCCAGAAGCCAGAACAGCAAGAGGGAUCUGGCUUCUGGGAUAGCCUCUCGCUGUUCUGGCUUCUGGGAUAGCCGCGCAGCCCGCAUUCGCUCCAUAAGACUCACACACUUCCCCCUUACUUUUUAGUAGGAGAAAAGUGUGUCUUAUAGAGCAAAAAAUAUGGUAUGUGUGAAUGUACUAUUUUUCAUGCAAGACUAAUAAAUAUGGUGGCAGCUCCUAUGCUAACAGCUGCAGUAACUAAAUUGGUGGCAACAUGCUGUAGCUUUCUGCAGUGACUAGUGAGCUUUCCCCAGCUGUGCCCUCUCUGUGCUGAGAGUAGAGGUGAGAGUAGAGGCAGUGCUCCGUAAAUGACAGAAAAAACAAAGAAAUUAAUUCUCGUGUGUGUGUACAUGUGUGUACAUCUAUCUAUAAUAAUUCCUUAUGCAAGACUUCCUGCUUUGAAAAAAUGGCUAUCACUUAAUAUGGAUACAUUGUCCUUUACACCCUUUAAUUAUCAUGCAACCUAGCCUUCCCCGACAUGGUUGCCUUCAGCUGAAAUAAAGAAAAAAUGCUUAGUUCCUCCUCCCUUCCCUGGCCCCAUUUUGCCAGGUGUUGGCAGCUCCCCUGGUGCUAAUUACCAUUAGGGUCCAGAGUGUUGAACUACCCAAGAGAAUCUGCAGUACUGCACUUGAAACCCAGUCUUGCUAAUGUCAAAAGCUAUUGGCCCUAAGAAAUUUUACUUUCCUGCUGUUUGCUCAUGGGAGGCUGAUAGAGGAUGGACAGAGCACUCCCAUCUAUCCAGCUUACAUAAGUAAUAAAACAGGCUGGCGAAAAUAAACAAAUUGCAGGCUGGAAAUGCUGCCAGCUGGCAAAUAUGAAUAAGCUACUACUUUUUAAGUUGCUCAGCAACAUUCAUGUUAAAAAUACCUCUGGGGGUACAUUCACUUUUUAUAAUAAAAAGUGUGGGAGUUAAGUACUCCUGCUCUACUUAAUCUAAGCUUUUCCUUAAGGCUAAGGGGAUAGGAAGGAUCUGCAGCUGCCCAAAGGUUUUAGUUUGAAAUUUAGGGGUGUGCCCUCUCUAAAUUUGUCACUCUUUAGGUUAUUGAGAGAUGGAACUCCAUGUUGCAGCUUCUGUAAUGCUGCUCUGCCUUUUCCCUUCUACUCUGUUGGAGCAGCUAACAUCAAUGGAGCCUGGAAAUAUUUUUUAUUUGCCCCAGGCCAAUGACUAAUUCUGAACACGCUUCAUUCAAGGGACACAUUCCUUUCCUUGUCCACCUGGAGGGGAUUAUGGCAAUGAAGAGGUGGAAGAACAUGAGUUCUGCUUUCUAAUAUGAAAUUAUCCCAUCUUUCUUGACAAUAGCUUUAUAGGAAGAACUGGGAAAUGCUAUGAGCAAAUAUUUGAGGUAUAUGCAGGCGUGGCCAAAGAAAGGAGCAGCAGCCUGGCAUAAAUAGGAAGCAGUUUUCCUUGGACCACCUUCCUGAGGGUGAGAAGUGGCUUUUAAAACAUAAAGAAAGACUAGAGGGAGACACCUCUGAUUUGAAGCUGGGUAAAGGUGAAAUCAGAGCAGGCCUGACCUACUUGUUGGUUCAUAAGACCUCUUAAAACCUCUCCACAUUUGUAUAACUAGUUUCAAAUUCUUCAAAGUGACCUUUAGCUUGUCUUGUGGUGUGUGCACACAAAUCACCUUCUGCUCUGGUUGUGUGGAGCCAAGUUAAGUGAAAGGAAGUGAGAGGCAUUAAUGUAGUCUUAAGUUAAUCAAGGAGAUAACAUAAGCAGCUGGGUUGAGUCAUGGUGCAGUUGAAAGUACCGUAGAGUAGUUCUGCAUUUUAAAAUGCCCCAUUAGGCACACUGUUUUUAGAACAGUAAUUCAAACAUCCCUUCUUUUUCUCCUUUUUUCCCUUUUUCAAUUCAUAAAAUUUAAUCAUCUAGAAAAGAAUUGUCUAGCAGGACUCGUGUUUGUAACACAUUUUGUCCACAUUCUUUAGGAAAGCAAAACUCAGUACUGUAGAGUAUAGUAUAUAAAAUUUUAAACCUCUAAGCUAUUGUCAACUUUUGGCUGUCACUAAUUCUGCAUUUUCUUGAAGGAUGGAAAUAAUAAAGAUUUCCAUGAGUUCAGAGGAUUGUCAACUUGGUCCCAGAUUCAGAGGAUGGAAAAUAUCAAUAACCUCUACUCUGCACUGAUAAAUCCCAUUGGCCUGCUGAUAAUCUAAGCUUGUUGAAUGAUUGGCAGAGUUAAAUCUCUUAAAAUAGAUGGCUUUGAAAGGAAGAUACCUCAAACACAGUAGAAAAUUCAGUAAUCCAAUAUCAAACUUUCAGAAUCCCAACUUUGUAAAUAUGGUCAUUUAGGUAGUCUGAAUACCUUGUUCAGGAUAAAUCAUUGGUGCUCAGAGAUAAGCAGUUAAAUAUAUUGUGAUGUGCUUGUUUUUGACCCAAGAAGAUGAAUUUGCCUCUGGAUUUCACUCCUCACAUGUUGUUUAGUACCUGUCUCAGUUUGAUAGCCUUGCUACCAUCAUAUGGCUCUUUUCUUGAAUUACUCCAGAACUGCUACUGCAAUUUCAGUUUAGCAAGAACUCAGAGAAUGCAUUCUUUGCCUGAAGUUAAAUACAGGAAUAGUGUGACAGAGCUCAUUUUGUUCAAGUAAACAGCAAAACCCUUCCCCAGCUUCCCCAGCUCCUCAUAUGGCUGUAAGAAGGUAUAAACUCUGUUUUCUUGUAAUGCAUAUCAACAAAGAGUGGUACAGAUUCUGUUUGCUUGCAAUUUGAGUGUUUAACCUGUUGUGAUAUUUUUGCCCUCCCUUCAUAUCUCUGUGAGCAAGUAAACUAUGAGAAGGAUUGGCGGUGCUGUUUUGAGAUAAUGGCCUUUAUGUUAGUGGGAUCACAAAGCCAUUUUGCCUGACACAUUGUGCGUGGAUUAUCAUGGCUUCUAUUUUAGGGCCUAAAAUUGCUUGCUUUUUAUUUAAUUGCAGAUGCUGCAAAUUGA